CUCUUUGCAGGUCACUAUGGCAUUGAUAAGGAUGUUGGCCAGAUAUGUGCACUUGAACCAAGGUUUAAAGUGUUUGGGAGCCAGUUCUCAGAGCAAGAGAUUACAGCACACUGCAACCCAUUCAUCUUCAUGCAACUAUCAGCUGCUGCCUGACUGCCUGGAGCUCAACUAUGGUGGUCUUGUAAUGCACUUUGACUACGUUUGGCUGCGAGAUCACUGCCGCUCGGCUUCAUGCUACAACUCAAAAACAAACCAGCGUAACCUGGACACUGCCAGCAUUGAUCUGAACAUCAGGCCUUUAAAGAGCAGAGUGGAUGAAAACAACCUCUUCCUGACAUGGCCAGAUGGUCACAUAACGCGGUACAACCUAACAUGGCUGGCCCAAAACAGCUAUGAGGGCCGGAAGAGAAGUGCCAUGCAACCUCGAAUCCUGUGGAACGCAGAUAUCUACUCCAGUGCUAAGGUGCCUUCUGCCAGUUGGGACAAGUUCAUGAGCUGCGACGAGGAGCUGAAGAACUUCCUCAACAACUUCCUGCUUUAUGGAAUUGCCUUCGUCGAAGGCGCCCCACCAACCCUAGAAGCUACUGAAACAGCGACCCAAAGAGUGAGCCUCAUCAGGUCAGGGCUAGUCCUCUUUAUCGAUAACUGGCGCGUUCUGCAUGGCAGAGAGUCCUUCACCGGCCUGCGGCAGCUGUGUGGAUGUUAUCUGACGCGUGAUGAUGUGCUGAACACAGCGCGCUCUCUGGGUCUCCACGCCUGAAUACCUAAUGCUAAACUACCCAAACGACAGCGGUACACCAUCAUUUACCAAAAACAAGUUGAUUUCUCAAGCAUUAGGAUAGCGGAGGACGCUUGAUAUACAGCACACAGCAGGAUCCCAACAGUAUUCAGUAUUACUCAUCAACUCUUUUUUUGAAUGAUUUCAUGAUUUGAAUGAAAUGAGUUUAUUGUAGAGGAUGCAUCUUUUGAUCCGUAACGAUUUCUUUCCACAGAAAAACAGAUGGUAGAGUUGAAUUUAAAUGAUAGAUUUUUUAGAAAUGGUCAGGACAUGCAGUAACUCAAGAGAUAAUGGAGUGAAACGCACAUAUUUCAGAAGAGUUGUGCUGUAAUGUCUGAUUUUAAGGCGUUUAUUCACACAGACGACUGAAAGAUUAAAUCAGAAGAAUGAUGUUUGAAGCGUGGAAAUGUGUUAAAGGAAUAGUUCACACAAAUAUGAUAAUGUCCUGAUUAUUUACUCACCCCCAGGCCAUCCAAGGUGUAUCGGUCUUUCUUUCUUCAGCUGAAGUUUUAGAGUAAAACAUUAUAGGAUUUUUCACCAUCUAAUGCAAGUGAAUGGUGCUCACUGCUGACCAUUUUUAAAUCCAUAUCAAAGUAAUCCACGUGACCCAAGCUGACUAACAGGUUUUCUACAGUGAAAUGAUCAGUCAAUUUCAGGGGAA